CCCACAGCGAUUGAUGAUUUCAUAUGCUGGUCCCUUUGUUUGCUGUAACUGAGGCCGGGCAAGCGGACUAGCAUCGUCGAGAACUUUAGAUGAGCACACCCCCAAGGGUAUCGGAAGAUGUAGCAUGCCGGACGGGGCAAAGCCGGCGUGCCUCGGAGGAAGUCGCCCUUAAGCACACUGGCGCGAAGACUGCCAUUAUCCGGGUCUCCUCUCCCAGCUCACCCCAGCAAGGGCUAGCAGCGGUGGAAGGUGGAGAUGACUUCAAUGAGAAACGACAUAUACGGCGCAGUCUUGAGGACAGCGCAAAGAUGCGCCAGCGUGGGGUGCAACAUGAGCAAGCUAGCCUGCAUCGCGCAAGGGUUGCGGUCGCGACGGAUCGGGAGCCACUGGCCUCCGCCCUCAAGUCCGACAUCCGGAGUGUCAAGGUGUUGGGUGAGGGCGCGUUCGGCAUCGUAGACCUGGUGCGAGUGCACACGGGGGCGGGGCCGCUGCUGUGCGUGCGGAAGAAGCUGCUCAAGGCCAGCGACACCAACCCGCACGACCCCGAGCGCGAGGUGGAGGCCAUGACGGCCCUGCGCGACUGCCCCUUCCUCACACAGCUCUGGAGCGCAGUGGUGGGGCUGUACGACUACACCCUGCUGCUGGAGUACUGCCCGUACGGCACACUGGAGGGGCUGCUCAAGGAGGUGUCAUGUCGCCGCAGCGCCAGCGGUAACGCCUGCCUCGACUUCCUGCUGAGCAGCGUGCUGCGGGCGGAGAGGAAGGCGGGGCUGACCGAGGACGAGGCUCGGUUCUACACGGCUUGUGUGCUCAUAGCACUGGAGGACAUGCACUCCCGCGGCUACGUGCACCGCGAUGUGAAACCCUCCAACUGCCUGCUGGCGGAGAGCAGGUACCUGAAGCUGUCAGAUUUGGGACUGGCCAAGCGGCUGGAGGCGGGGGGCAAGGCACACUCGCAUGCCGGCACCCCCCUCUACAUGGCCCCCGAGGUGGUUCACGGCACCAAGGCGGGGUACGACUUCUCCGCAGACAUGUGGUCCCUGGGUAUGAUGGUGUGGGAGAUGGUGGACGGCGCACUGCCCCGCUGGGCCGCCAUGAGCUGGUACUGGAGCAAGACGCUGCACUGCCCCGACAAGUUCUCACCCGAGCUGAAGGACCUGCUGUCCUGCCUGCUGGACAAGUCCCCCCGCGACCGCCCCUCCGCCGCCUCCGCCCUGUCGCACCGCUGGUUCAGUCCGCUGGACCUCCCAGCACUGCGGGCGCAGCAGCUGCAGCCGCCGGAGCCGGCAGAACUGGAGGGUUUGCUCAUCCACGCCCGACUGGCGGAUUCCGCCAAGCGGCUGAGCAACGUGGAGCCGAGGGGGUAGUGAGGGGGGGGGCUAGGGGGGCUGCUGCUGCUGAUACGUUACUGCAGCAACAGCAGCAGCAGCAGGAGCAGCUCCUGCGCGGUUGGCCCGUCGGUGUAUUGCCCGCAGCCAGCCAGCCGUGCAGCAGUCUGGCUCCAAUCCCGCCCAGCCACAAAGAAAGCGGCUUGCUUGCGUUGGGGGGGGGGGCGCCACCGCCUUGCACCGCUUGCCACGCACACCCGGGGUGGAGUGCUGCAGUUCCCGCUGCUGCUGCUGCUGCUGUUGUUAUCCUGUUGGUGUCAGUCGCGGCUGCUGCUGCUGUUAGGAACCCACCUGCUGUCAUGAGUUGUGUUGUGUGUGCGGGGUAGCUUGCGUAUUCAUUCCAUUGUUGUUGCUGCUGCGGCGGCGGCAGCUGCGUGUGUGUUAAGAAACCUGGCCGCGAGUCGGAACGUACUGUGUGUGUGUGGCUUGUGCAGCUGGCCGGCUGAGUGCUGCGGGGCACCGGAAACAGGAUGUGAGUGCGAGGUGCGAGGUACGGGUGCGGGUGGGCGCCUUGCCGCUCUGUCUGUCCUUGAACGUUGUAUGCACGGUUUCGCUGAGGGUUUACAAGCGAGGAACUGAAUGGCCGCUGGACGAAGAUGCAUGCCCCCGUGUGAAUGCAUGCAUGCAACAGCUUUGAGGCUUCUUGCUGGCUGGUUGGUUGGUUGGUUGCACGGCUUGCAGCAGCAACUGUCAAGCAAGUGAGGGGGAGAGAAGGGAAGGGAAGGCGCAAUGCAGCAUUGAGUGCAAGAGACGCUAGCGGCGCGAGACGGCGGAUGGAUGCGUAGCGGAGGGGGGCUGUUUCUUGCUUGUUCUUGCCCGCUGCAGCUCGGGAUUUAAGGAUGGAGAAGAAAGGGUUGGGGGACACUGCUCCUGGACGUGUGAUGCUAACUGGACGACCCAACACUGACACUGACACUGGUUAACUGAAGUAGAAUUGUUGGCGCACGUGUUGCCUUCCUCGGGUUGGCGGUAUCGGACGUGUGGGGCGGGCGUUGAUGAAUGAGGUGAGAGGGCAUGUGAAGGGGGCUUCUCGCUUUGGGUGUGGUGGCUGGAUAAAGCGGACCGCGAAGAGCAUUGGGACCGGAUGGAGGAAGGCGCCAGCAGUGCGUACGCUUAGUGGUGAAGGAGGAGAGGCAGGAAGGCGCUGCGUUGAGGGGGAGGCAUUGGGUUAACUGGGACUUUGGCUGCUGGCUAGGACGAGGUGGGUAUGUGGACGGGGUCUACGUUCGUUGGACUGAGUUGCCGACGUUAUGAGAGAAGGGUCGGGGUGCGGGCUGCGAGUAUGGGCUGGAGAGGAGGAGGGGGAGAGAGUCUAUGCGGGUGUGUCGAACAUAAAGAGGGUGGGUUGCAAUGUGCGUGAGAGCUCCUGUGCGCGAGGAGGGCACGUUUUGUAUUAUGAUAUUGUGUAAGGAUGGGAUGGAAGUGAUUACAAUGUGUGACUAAUCACCCACUAUAUGCAAUCAACUGAGUGUGUGCUAGGUUCACGCACAUGUUUGUGAGUAUGUGCGCGUUCGAAAUCCCAACACACACGCAACAGUUUGUUAUUCCGGAACUUGGAGAUCCAUGUGUGUUUUGAGAUCCCAAGUAUGGCACAUGCGUACGUCAGUAACCAACAUUACUUUUACGUCUGAUACUCUUGUCAUCUGACAUUGCAAUCCCGGUAUAAAACGCAUUAAGGCGGCUGGUUGGUUGCUUUGUUGAUUGAUUGGCUGCGGUUUUGUCUGCUGCCGUCAGUGCGCACGCGGUAAGCACUGGCAAUCCGUACAUGCUUACAGGAUGAAAGGCGGUUGGGUUGGAACUGAGGGGAUCCCCUGCGUGUAUGUACGGCCUUACCGCCACAGUCCUAUUACCGAGCACUUUCUUGUACUCCUGCUAUAACUUCCGUGAUAUGUGAUGACAAGUUGACGGCACAUAAGCAAUCAAUUAUAUCAUGCCGGUAUGUGUCCCGUGUGCAACAGGUGUAGGGUGUAAGUUGUAUUAUUGCGCCUUGCAAAGGCCUGUGAACCUUUGUGCAAUGCUUUGAAGUCCUAAACCAGUCAACUUGUGCCUUUGUUCGUGUGUGCCUUUAGUUCCUGGCUGCGGGCUUGGCAGAGUGGUUUGAAAGACACCGCGCCAAAGCCGGGGACAGAUGCAUGAGGGCUUUAAUAGUCACCUGGUCCGUCGCAAUGAAGGCUGCCGGAGUGGAAGAGAGGGACAAUUGACCGUUAUCACUACCCUCGUGGCUCGUUGGGAUCCAAUGUGUGGCCGGUGGGGUCAUGGAUUCUGUUGGAUGGGAGGCAGCGCGAUGUAUGUAGCGAUAUAGCUUUGGAGGUAUAGCGAGGGUAGCGUGUCAACCUUGCUUUACUCUCCCCAGUCUCUGGAACCCUGCUGUAUGUGUGGGAUAUCGGAUAGUACGGCAAUGUGUGUGGCGGCUCCUUGCCGUACGACGGUGCCGUACAUGUCGAUAAUACAAUGGUGGGACCCGUUUGUUUGGACUUCUGCCGUAAAGUGUCCCCUUUACACCUGCACAAGCGCCCAUACGAAAUACGAACUGUAUAAUGACAACCCGAAUCCCC